GUUAUUAAAACACAAGCUACUGGAGAGAAGGAGAGACGAGAGGACAAGGGAAACAGCACUCGUCUCACGAGCAAAACACAGCGUCUCUGUAGGAGAGAGCAAGAGGGAGAAAAAGAAGGAAAGAGAGGGGGAGAGAAACAGAGAGGGAGGCAGAGAUAUGGACUUGUUUUAAUUGCUGUCAGUAGAGCUGUGCUGGAGCUUGCAGUGAGAGGGUAGGAAGGAGAGAGAGAGACACACACAGACAGUGAAAGGGAGGGAGAGAUUGAGCGUAGCGUAGUUUUAAUCCCCUUGGCAUGCGAGUGCAGCCCUGGCUGUGUGCUGUGUACCGUAGUGAGUGUGGGGCAGAGUUGUGGUGGCAGCAUCGGGGCUGGGAACUGGGAUGUACUGCAGCUAACCUGGACCAGACGGAACACCUCUCGGCAUGCUGGGAAAGGACUACAUGCUAGCCAUCAUCAUAGUCAACUAUGACGAUAAUAUCUGGAAUGACCAGAACCUGGAGCCGGACUCGGACCUGCCGCCAGGCUGGCGUACCAUCCGGGACAGCACGGGCACGUACUACUGGCACAUUCCCACGGGAACCACGCAGUGGCAACACCCCUCAUACAACCUGGAGGACAACCAGAGCGCCAUAGAUGGCAUAACUGCUAAUGACCUCAAGAGCCUCAGCAUUGAUGGCAGGCGCGGUUCAAGGGGGAGACAGAUUGGGAGCCCUCUGUCCUCUAUAAAUGACAGGGGAACCCUGCCCUGGCAGGAAGAUUACUUCUGCUCCAACACAGACCCUGACUCCAAGUGUUUUGCCGUGCGUUCUCUGGGCUGGGUGGAGAUCCCAGAGGAGGACCUGGUUCCUGGGAAGAGCAGCAUUGCCGUCAACAACUGCAUCCAACAGCUGUCUCACAGCAAGUGUGAAGGGCGCGAUGCUGUGGGGGCCUGGGGUGAGGGUCAGGACAUGGUGAUGGUGCUGAAGAAGGACACCCUCAGCCUGGUGGACCCUGUAGACCACAGCCUGAUCCACUGCCAGCCCAUUGCUAAUAUCCGUGUGUGGGGCGUAGGCUGCAAUAAUGGCAGAGACAGAGACUUUGCUUUUGUGGCCAGCGACAAAGACACCUGCAUGCUGAAGUGUCACGUGUUUCGCUGCGAUGUUCCGGCGAAAGCCAUCGCCUCUGUUCUGCACGAGAUGUGCUCCAAGAUCAUGGCAGAGAGGGCCUCCAUGAACCCGUCCAUGUCACGAUCGCUGACUGUGGAAGGCAUAUCACCUGAAGACUUACCACGUCAAGUGGACUUCCUGGAUGCGGUGAGGCAGAGGGUGCAGAAGUUCCAGGUGCGGUACAUUGGAAACCUGCCUGUCCCUCGGGCAAUGGGUAUGGAGGUGCUGAACAGGGCAAUCGAGAACAUCAUGGACACAAUGGAAAGGGACGAAUGGGAGCCUAUCACCAUCCACGUGUCAGACACUGUGCUGUCCCUGUGGAAAGGACAGGAUGGAGAGGACCCUUUCUGGGAGUGUCAGGUGCGCUACCUGACUUUCCUGGGCGUCGGCCAUGACACACACACGUUUGCUGUGAUUGUGGACGUGGGAAGGCAGCGGUUCGAGUGCCAUGUGUUCUGGUGUGAGCCAGAUGCUGGGACCAUCUCAGAGGCGGUACAGGCUGCAUGCAUGGUGCAGUACCAGAAGUGCUUAGUGGCCCAAACACCGCCACUUAAGACAAAGAUGCUGCGGGCUGGCUCCAAGGUCAAACGGACUGCCUCCAUGGACAUCUCCUCCCUCCGCCCACGUCAGCGCGGAAACUCACCUCCCAAGUUUGGGACAUCCACCGUCAAGAAGGGCAUGAUGGCACUCUUCGACACCUUCCGCAGCAAACAGACCGCGGUAUCCAUGCCCUAGAAAUAAA